UAACCAUAUGAUAGAUAUAUAUUUUUAAUUCAAAUACGUUUUUGUUCUGAAUAGGAGCUGAAUAAGGAGUUUGCAGUUUCUAAAUAUUUAUCUUUACUUUUACUAUGGAUAAGAAACAUACAACGCAUCUAUACACAUAUAUAAAUUUUUUCCAGUAUAAAUGCCAAGCGUUAAGGAUGAAUCGGAGGCAGAAGGGGAGGAGAUGUCUCAUGACAGUAACGAAAGUAAUCAGAGUUCUGCAUCAUGUGACAGUAGCGCAGAACAUACUGACAGCGAUGAUUCUUCAGAAAUGGAUGAGGAUGAAUGCGAGAGGAGACGUAAUGAAUGUAUGGAAAACUUAUUAGAUUUGGAAAGACAGUUUACUCUUCUCAAGGAACAAUUGUAUCGAGAAAGAAUUACACAGGUAGACACAAAACUUGGAGAAGUUCGUGUUGGAAAAUCUGAGGAAUAUCUAAUACCUCUAGAACGACUAAAAGAAAACAUGAAAACAAAAACAGAAGUAGCCGGAAUAUUGAAACAGUACAGAUUGCAAAAUAUCCAGAAUAAAUUCCUAGCAGAAGAGCAGGCUGCUUUACAAAAUUUUGAAAGUGAAAAGGGAUUGAUUUGGGAUUGUAUUCAUAACGAUCUCCAAGAGAAGAUUCGUCGUCUAGAGGAAGAUAGAAACAAUGUGGACAUACAUGCGGACUUAUGGCUUAAUACAACUGGUAGAAGACGCAGAAAUCAUUCGGAGAGAAGACGAGCAGUUUCUGUUGCAGGCCCUUAUAUCGUUUACAUGCUCAAUGAUGCGGAUAUAUUAGAGGAUUGGGCGUUAAUAAAGAAAAGUUUAAGUAGUUGGAAAGCAGAAAUAAUGUAAUUUUUAUUUAAGUGUAUCAAAGAAAAUAUUUUCGAAACUAAUAUUACGCGUCCAUCUUUGAUACGAAUAGAGAUUUCGCGUCCAACUAUAAUUGGAAAUCAGACAAAUACAUUUUUAACGAUGGCGUUUAUUGGGCGUCUAAUGUUUGUAUAGUGUGCCUUGAAAAAAAAUGAAGUAGUUAGUUAUUAUAAGGAACAUCUUGCUGACUCUAAAUAAAUGAGUUUCUCGAUCAGUCUCCAAAAUUUAAAAUAAAGUUUGCCAAAUAUCAAACUUAUUAAUAUAUCUACUUCUGUAGUGUAUGGAAGAAUUUUCAUUAUGAUAUAAGAAAUUAUAAUAUAAGAAAAUUUUAU